AUGCAACGUGAAUUCGCUGAAAUUCGUACGGUGAAACCGAAAGCAUCCGAAUGCGCUCAGUUUUUGGCGCAUCGUGAGAAGAAUCGCUAUCGUGAUGUUGCAUGCCUGGACGGAACAAGGGUGGUGUUGAAAUUGAAUGUGCCCCCAGAAACUGACUAUAUACAUGCGAACUGGAUGCACAUGGAGGGUUGUGAACGAAGAUAUAUCGCAACUCAGGUACUUAUUCUCUGCUCUACCUUAGCACUCUCGUCGCCAACUGUUUCCAUUGGUUUUCCUCGUUAG